AUGAAUAAUAAUUCUAGAUCAAAUACAUCUUCAAACUUUCUCCAGGUUCCUUCAACUGAUGAAAAUGCACCGCCAUCAAGAAGAAGAUUUGCAGGUAUUAUACCUAUACGGCGACAUUCAACAGGAAGUAGACAUAGUGGUAUUCUUCAAGAACCUAGAAGACCCACUAGAAAAUCAACCAUUACUCCACCUAUAGGACUUUUAACGGUAAAUUUGAUAAAGUAUUUCAUGUAAAUUAAUACUUUGUAAUAAGUAUCUAUUGAACUGAAAAUAAUAAAUAUUCCAAGUAUAUGAGUAAACAGUGAAUUAACUUGUAGUAUCCCUAUAGUAUACUUAACUAUUGUUCGUACAAUUCUAUGCAUAGCGUUUAUACUUAUCUCAAAAAUUAUUAUUAUUAUGCCUAUUUUAAUUUAAAUAUUAGAGCUAUAAAUAUGUAUGAUUUUAAUUAGAAAAAAGAGCUGAUACUGGGAAUGGGAGCGGCCACUGUUGUAGAUGAGAAGUUGGAAAGGUAGGAUACCUUAUGGUUAUUUCAUUUAUAUCUGUAAGCAACGAUAAACCAUGGUUUGACGAAAAACGCAGUUUGGUAAUAUAAAAUUUGAAGUACCAUAAUUUUUUUUUGCAAUUUUCGUUUAAAUUUGAUUACAAAACGUUUAUUAAAAAAAAAAGUAGUUCGAUAAUUUUGGAAAUUUUACCACGUCUAAAUAAGUCCAAUAUAAGUGUUAUGACCAAGUUUCAAGUCUCUAUGUGUAUUUAUAACCGAUUUACAACAAAAACUCCCAACAAUUUUAAUUCCUUAAAAACUCAAAAGUUUUGACGAUGAUGUCGUAAGGAAGUAAAUCAAAAAGGCAACAAAAAAGGAGUCUUGUGAUUUUUCGAUUAAAUCAUUUUUUUUGGUAAAAAACGUCCGUGUUUUUAUAAAAUAAUGAAAUCGUGAAAUUGUAUGUUUUACUAUGUUGUUCUCAAUUAAGUGCUUUUAUUUAAAAAAUGGUGUCAAAAAUCAAAAAAUGACCUGUGUAAAGUACACUCUAAACAACUUUGUCUUUUAGAAAAGGUGCUACAUGUAAAAAUCAGAGUAAGUUUACUAGGAAAAAACAUGUCCACAGACUAGAACAAAGAAAAAAAAUAAACAACCAAUUGUAAAGCCAAUAGCUUUUCCGCUAUGCUUGGAUUCUAAAAUUAUAAUAUGCAUUAUUUAAAGAAUAGAUGACAAAUAGAUAAAAAACAAAUGUAUUACUAUUAAAAACAACUGAAGUUACGCAAAAAUUAAACUUUUUGUUUUCUAACAAAAUUAUAUCAGAAGUUUUGUGAAAAAUAUUAUACUUUUAAAAUUAAAUCAAACUGGGUGCUAGAUACUUUUUUCUUGUAAAUAUAUCAACAUAUUUUGAACACUUAUUAUUGCUUCUAGCUGAACAAUUAAUUUUGGAUAAAAGUAGGUAAAUUAUGGUAAAAACUAAAAAAGAGCAUACCAACAGUAAUUUAAAUACCAUUGAUCUAAUAAAUUGUGCUUUAUAAUAUUAAAACCAUAAUUUGUCUAUGAAUAUGGAAUAUGUAAUUAAAUAGCAUUAAAUCAAUAAAUUCUAUCUAUUAAUUUAAUAUUCAUUAUACUUCAUACAUUAGUAAUAUAGAUUCUUUUUUUUUUAUUAUUAUAAUAAGGCAUUUUGAUAUAAAUAUUUAUGUGAAUCACUUCAAAUUAUUCUUAUAUGAGCUAUAUAUCUUAAAUUAUCAUCAAAUUAAUUUUAUUAACAACACAUUUAAAACUUUAUAAAUAACUAAAUAUUAGAAUUAAGGUAAAUGUAAAGAUUCUUCAAUAUAAAAUAAUUACCUACAGAUUUAUAGGAUCUCUACAUUUAAAUGCAACUUAUGAUUAGAUAAAAAUAGGUAAAAUAGGAUUUAACUUGCUUCCUUAUUCUUUCCUUUCUCUAAAUCUUAGCUUGCAAUAAAUAAUCUUUGUCAGAAUAAAAUAUAAAUUAUCUACUUUAAUUUUUUUAUAAAUUCACUUAAAGUUCCCUACCCAGGAUUUUUCUAUUAGGAGGACAGGGACCACCUAUGCUAUACUAGAAAACUUGACUAAAAAAAUAAAAUGAGUUUUACUAAAUAUAUAGUUAUGUAGCACAAUAUUAUUUGUACUUAAAUUGUGGUUAAAUAAGUAGUGCGAAUGUGCAAUAGUUAUUAUUUUAUAAGUAACUAACUGAAUUAAGUACACAAUAUUUCUUAAGCUUACAUUUAUCUCUUUCAUAUAGUGGUUGGAACUCACUACUUUCAAUGUAAUACACAAUCAUUAUUGCUACAUUUCUAUAAAAAGGAGUCUCCAACAUUCAUCGCUACUUAUACCAAUAUAAAAUUGUACUUUACUAGUAACGCUACAAAAAAGGUAGCACAUUACAGUAGCGUUACUGUAAAUAGCAUACUACUGCUAUUCACUUUAUUUCAUAUUAAAUAGUUGUUAAUUAAUUAUUUAUCUAUUAAAAGAGGUACUUCCUGUCUAUGGCAGCAAUAUAAAUAAUAUAUUUUUUUUAGAUUCUGGGUGGAGUGAGGAAUGUAUUGGUUUCACAAUGAUGUUUAUUAUUAUUAUUUUUUUUUUUUUUAUGUGGACACUUUCUACCAGAAAGCAUACUUUAAUUAUCAACUAUAGCGUCCUUUCUGAAAUGUUCUCUUGAUGGUACUUUAGAGAGGUAAUAUUUGAAAUACUGAGGAAAAUCUGGUUUUUUAGGUUAUUUAUUUAUUGUUAUUAUUAAGUUCUUAUUAUUUUAAAUCUUUUGUAAACAAUCAUUGUUGUCAUGGAAUUGUUGUAACCAUUUUAGCAUAAUAUGAUAUAUAUAUAUGUAUAUAUAUUAUUGACAAAGCAACACUAUUAACUGAACUCCAUUCAGAAUCGGUUUUUCGUUAGCCAUAGUUUAUUGUUGCCUACAGAUAUACAUCAAAUUCCUAUUUGUAUCCUACCUUUCCAACUUCUCACCUACAGAAGUAGUUCUACCCAUGUGCGAAGUAUGUCUAUCCUUUUUUAAUAUGUGUCACCGCCAAGGAAAUCCAUAAAUCAACAAAAAAAGUUCAAUUUUCAUUCCAAAAAUAGCAAAAACUGUGUCAGCCACACUUUAAGGGUUAUAUUUAGAGACAAAAAGUUGACAGUGACCAAGUGUGCAUAGUUUUGCUUAGAUCGGAAUAAAAUUGAAGAUCUUUAUCACAGAUAAUAGGGAGAGGAAGAUUAAACUUUCUUAGCCCCUCUUUUGGUAUUUCAUUUCACCUCUUAUAUAAUCACUAAACUACCUAUAAAGCUUAGUGAAUAUAAUAUUACCUAACUAUUGUAAUAUAAAUUUACUAUACUUGGAAAGGCUUGAUCCAAAUAAUACUUUAUUUUAUUUUAUCAUACAAUACUUGGUUAAUAAAUAACUACAUAGGUAUAAAUUAAUUCUAAUAAGCAAUAAUUGUCUAUAAUUGAAUGUAUAAUGAUAAUUAAUAAUUUUAAAUAAAUACAACAAUUUUACACAUAUUAUAUAAUUAUACAUUACCAGUAUUAGGUUAAUUAAGUGCACUGGUUAAAAGUUACCAGUGUUGUAAAAAAUACCUUUAAAAAUAAUAGUACCUAUCUAUUUUCUACUUAAUAUCUAAAAUAAUUUGUAUAUACUGUAUAUCAGUAUUAAAAAUAGUUUCAAUUAUAAGUAGGUAAGUAAAUAUUUGAAAACAUGGAAUCUGCCCUGAAUACUUUAUAAAAUAGGUAAUGUUUAGAAUGCACCUAUUUAACAUUUAUACUAUUGAAAAAUUUAAAAAGAAUAACAACAUAACAUUGGAAUAUUGCAUUUUUAUCAAAACGAGAUAUUUUUAAUAACGUAUCUACUCUGAGUACUCUGAAAGAAUAUGAAAAUAUUAUACCUAUACGUUUUAUGGUGGGCUUAGUUUUUUAAGUCCUUCCUAUUUGCUUAGUUGACCUAGACACUUGAUAGGUAAGUAUAGUUGCGCAACAUUACUGUAUGGUGUAAUAAGCAUUGACAUAAUAUAAAGGUGGACAGGUUUAAGUUCAUUAGUCUUGUACACUUAUAAAACAUGAAUUAUAAAGGUAGAUAUUUUAACUUUUCUAAUGUGUUGCUGAACUUAAGCUUUUAAAUUAAAACUUAUGCUAACAUGGUAACAUUCUUAGUAUUAAAGGUAGGUUGAUAAGUAGGUACCUAAAACUAAGGUCUUGCGGUAAAUGAAAGUUACCAAUGAAAGUUACCAAUACUAUGUGCAAAGUAACCAAUAAUUAUUUUAUGUAUUUAUGAUUUAAUAUGUUCUAUUUGUGAUACUUAAAUUAGGAAAUUAAAUUAUAAAACUUACAUUGGUAUUUAACUACAUUUUAAAAUAAUUCAUGCCUGUAAGCAACGACAAACAACUGCUAAUUAUAAACUUAUUAUCCAAGUUUUUCAUCAAAAUUUGAUCUUAAAAUCAUUAUAAAAAAAAUUGUUACCAAUAUUCUACUUUUUUUUUAUCACCAAGUUCAAUGUACAAUUGAACCUACAGCUAGGUACUAUGUUAAAUUUUCAAGCAUUUCUGUUUAAUUAAACAAAUAAUUUAAUUUGUUUAAAACCGAUUAAAACUAAAAAAAAAUAUAAAUUUAAGACGUCAAUAAAAAGCUCAACAUUUGCUAACAUGUUUUGAGGAUUUUGCCAUUUCUAGAAAAGUACAAUUUCAGUUUUCUAUCACAAUUUUUAGUCUACGAAUAUUUUUAACUUAACUACUAAAAAAAAUAGAAUGCUCAAUAGAUGGGCCACUGCUGAAGAUGAGAAGCUGCGAAAUUAGGAUAUAGAGAGAAAUUUAAUGUAUCUGUACUCAAUGAUUAAUCUUUGCUAACGACAAACGAUUCUAAGCAGAAUUGGGUCUUGGUUUAUACAUAUUUUGGAAAUUUUUUGUAUUCAAUUUUUUUUUACCAAAAAGUACGGCUUAUAAUGAACCUCAUGUAGUCAUUUUAAAUAUUAAAUUAUUUCUGUUUUUGGUCAAACAAUUUUAUCCAAAGAGUACAUAUGUAAUACAAAUCAUGUAAAAUCUCGUAAAUUCAAAAUUUUUAUAAAUGGCUCAAAUGCUAUUAAAAUUUAUCAACAUUUCAAGGUCUUACGAAUAUUUUUAACGAAAUUGAAAAAAAUAAAAGUAUUAUUUAAGUAAAUUUUUCCGUUCUUUCUACGUUUUCUUUCGGUUUUGUUCAGUUAAUGAAAAAACUACAUGGAAAAUCUAAAAAUGACUUUCUUACUCACCAAGAUACAACAAAAUUUAAAAUUCAAAAACAAAAAAAGUAUCUGUCGUUUCUAAGUUAUAGCAAUAUUUCUGGUGAUUACAAAAAGUAUACAAAUUUAAAAUAAUGAAAUCAUAAUUUUAUAAAUUGGUCAAUUGUCAUGAAAACUACUUGAAAAAUUAAAAAAUGAUAUUUUGAUGAAAGCAAUAAUUCUGUAAACAUAGGGCGUAAAAAUUAAAAAAAAUUAAAUGGGAUAUAGCCAUGGUGCACCGUAAAUAUAUUUGUCUGUUUUACCUAUACUUUUUUCCCGGUUUUUCAAUAUAAUUUUGAAAAGCCAUUAGGAAGUUUUUAAAAAUAACCCCCCCAAUGCACCAAUUAGAUCCAAAAUACACAAAAAUAGAUCUUUUGCCAUUUAUUGGAAUAGAAUUUCUGGUAGAAAAGUUUCUCACAGACAAAAAAAAAAUAAUACUGUAAAAACUCACCUAGUAAAACCAAUAGAUCCCUCGCUCUGCUUCGAAUCUUAAAACGAUAUUUAAAAUAAUGAAACCAUUAUUUCCGAUAACUUUCCAGUUCUUUUAUUUUUCCUAGGUUUCGCUCAAUUAUUACGAAAACUACACGGAAAAUCUAAAAAAAAAAACCUUACUCACCAACUAGAUCCAAAAUGCAAUACAAAAUCUCUUGUCGUUUUCCGAUUGGAGCAAUAUGUAUCGUAGAAAAUAUAAUCCAAAGUAGUAAAAUAUUAACGGCAUAUAUUUGAAAGGAAAUCGGUGUGGGGUGGUACUUUAAGGUCAUUUUUCGAUUUUCUUUUAGAGUUUUUUUAAUAAGUUAAUUUAUAAAUUGUACAAAAAUGUCAUGCUUGUGGACAUGUAACGACAACAUUGCAUUAAAUUUGGGUAGGUAGAACGUACGCAAUCGUAACGCUCCCAAAACAAUUAGGUACCUAUACCGUAUACAAUACAUACAAUAAAAACAAACGGACAUACUUCGUAAGAUGAGUAGGCCACUGUUGUAAGUGAUUAGUUGGGAAAGUAUAGAAAAGAAAAUUAAUGUACAUUUGUACGCAACGAUUUAUCAUUGCUAACGAAAAAUGAUUCUGAGCGGAGUUCGUUUAUAUAUAUAUUUUGAAAAGUACUAGGUAGUAAUAUUAACGAUUUGAAAACAAUACAUUUUAUACAUUUUUCCUAAGUUUUUUCCGAAUUUUCGAAUUUAUAAAGAAAAUCCCUUAGAAAAUUAAAAAUUGACUUCCUUAUAUUUUACCACUCCAGUAAAAUUUCUUUUCAGAAAAGAUGUUACACUUGAAAUUUGUGGUAGAAAAAAAAGUAAACAUCAUUAUAAAACUAAUACAUUACUCGCUCCGCUCAGAAUUUAAAAUAUAUUUUAACCGGCGAGAGAAGGGGGGGUGCUCAGAGUUUUGAUUAUGGUGGUUAUAUUAUUUUCCUCCUUAGAUUUGUGUACAGUUACUGAGUUACACCACUGGGUAGGAUGUAGAAGCAACAAUCGACCGCAAUAUCGAUUAUACUAUCCAUUAUUUGUUUUCACUAUCAUUAAAUUCCGGUAAUUCCCCUUGAAAUGGAAAUUAUCUUUUAUCUCGCCUCUCUGGAAGUCUGCCGACCGCUCUAAAUUUAUAAAUUACCAAACAAUUUCAAAACUGAGUUCGUUACCAAAAUCAUUAGAGAAACUUAUUGAACCAAAGCAGUUUUGCAUUUUUAAUAUUUUAAUAUAUGAGCAAAACAUGGAUUACGCAAAAAACGUCAACUGGGUGAGUGCAUAAAACCAUCAAAAUAAACGCUCAACAGGAGCAGACGAACAUAAGCUUAUAUUAUAUCUUAUAAAUAGUUUUUUUUAUAGAUGGGUAAUUGUUUAAACAAUGUAAUGUAAUGUAAGUACGAAGUAGGUCUCCUAUCUAAGUAGUGGAUUCACAAAUCAUAUUUUAUUAGAACAAAAAUUCCAGUCCAGUUUUUAUCUGUAUGAAUAGAUAUAGGUAAUAGCAUAUUAGUUAUUAGCAGGGGCGUACUCAGGAGGGAUUAAGGUGUCAUAUCCUCCCAUGAACUUUUUAUUUAUGCUUUUGUUUGAAGUUCCUUGGUAGUUUCGGUUAGGUUAGGUAGUAUGAUAACAUUUUUUCGGAAAGAAAAUCUAACAGGAGGUCUUAAAUGACCUACUUACUUUAAGGAGGUCAUUUUUCUAUUUACUCUGGAGUUUGCACAUCAUUUGAGAGUCAACGGUUGCCGAUGAUAACCUUAUUUUUAAUCUUUCAAUCUUUUUUAACCUAAAGAACCAGGUUUUCCUCAUUAUCUCGAAUAUUAAUGAGAAUUUCAAAAAAAGUGCUAUAAUUUAUAAUCAAAUGAAGCUUUCUUAUAGAAAGUGUUCACAAAAAAGAAAAAAAAAAAGAAACAUCUUUGUAAAACCAAUACAUUCUCGCUACACUCAUAAUCUAAAAAUAUGUAUAUAUAUAUAUAUAUUAAUGACUAUUAACAAAACAAAAUACAAUUCACCUCCUCCCCCAUAGCAAAAAGCUGAACACGCCACUGCUUAUUAGAUUAGCUGAUCUACUUAAAUGUUACAUUUAUUUUAAGUUCUUUGAGUCCUACAAAUCGAAAUCAAAUUCCUGUACAAAUUUAAUUUCUUGAUACAAAUUUUUAAUCUUUAAUCUUUGGCAAUACAUUGGUACUAGUAUAAAAUAUAUCGUGAUACAUGAUACAUGAUACAUUAAAAAUAUGUAUCAUGAUUCACGAUACAGAUACAAUAUAUAAUUGUAUCUUUGAUAUACGGAUCUGUGAUACUGCUCAACCCUGAUUCCAAUAUGUUGUUUGUUCGAGUCGUGUAAUGUCUUAUAAAAAUUUACAUUUCAACCAUAAUCCAAUUUCUAAAUUAAAAAUUUUUUUAUAUUAUGAAAAUGUAUAUCAUUUGCCUGUUUUGUGUACAUAUUUAAACUUUAAUUAUUGUAAUAUUUACCCCUUGCGGGUAUUAAACAAUUAAAUAAAUAAAUACGAUUAUUCUUUUAAUAAUUAUUACCCAGUAGUGAGUCACGCAAUAUUAUGAAGUUACUUAUGCAUUGUUCGUCAAUACACCACGUGUUUACUAGGUAUGUAAUACCUAUUACCUACCCUAAUCUACUCACUUUUUUUUUUUAAAUUUGAAUAUUUUUUUAAUAAGUAGAUAUGUGUUAUUUUGGUUGUAUUACAUAGUAUAGUGGCGCGAUCAGAAUAACUUAUUGGAAAUGGUAAAUAGGGGGACUUGGGGGCUUAGCCCCUCCAAAACUCAAUCAAGCCACCCAUAAAUGAAGAUCUUAUCAAGUACUACGUACAAUAUUAAGUUUCAAUAGUAUCAUAAUAUCAUAGUACCAUUUUAAGUAUACAUAAUCAAUAUUAUGGAAUGUUAAGUUUCUCCCUCUACAAAAUAUUUGGGCUAUUUGAGUCUAUGCCUUUUCUGAUUAUCCAAUCAAACUGAAAUUUUGUAUUCAGCUUUGGUUAUAAUGACAAAUGACAAUACAAAAUUUAGUAAAAAAACAAAUAAUUUAUUAAGGUUAAAACAAUUAAAAUAAUAUUAAGCACGUGCAAUUAUUAAAGAGCCGUAAGGAAUAUUGGUUUUACUUUGAUGUAUUUUUGCUAUGAAAUACUUUACUACUAAAAAUGUCCUCUGAUCAUUUACCCCAGGGGCGGUUUCUUGUUCCAAAUUUUAUCUAGUUUAUACAUUGAGGAAGUUAUUUUUGUAUUUUCCUUGUAAUUUUCUUAAUAAUUGGGGAAAAAAAAGAAAUAUUUACUAAAUAACGGCGGUUUAAUUUAUUUUUGAUUUUGUUUUUUGUUGUAAUUCAGACAAUAUGAACCAAAUAAAAUCACUGCUGUGGAUAGGAAGUUAGGCUAUAGGUUUAUAUAAUGUGGUAAUUCAGGUAAUUUAAUAAUUUUAUUGUUUGUAACGAUAAAACACUGCAUACAAAAUACGAUUCCGAGAUGAGUUCGGUUAAACAUUUUUCGAUAGGUAGGUAUAUUUAAAUUUAAUAAUUUUCAAUUGCGUCAUAAAUCACAAUAUUUUUUAAACUAAUUUUAUCAAAUUUUUAAACUUAAACCAGUUUAACAAAAAUUUAGUAUACCCAACUAUCUAAGACAUAAUACUACGUUCAAACUUUUUACCACUGAAGUAUGUAGGUAUAAUCAGUGGUAUAACCUUUCAUGAAUCGUGUGUCAGAUAUUUAAAUAUUUUUCUGAACCAAAAAAAUUGUAUUCACAUUUAUAGGUAACUAAUAAUAAACGUAAACAUUUUAUAUUCAUAAUUAAUAAUUCAAAAACUUACAAAAUGUUUUGAAAAUUAUACUACGUCUAGAAAGCGCUAAUAUAAUAAUACUUGAGUAAGUGAAAAUUGAAGAUCUCUGUAUUAUAAUUAUAUUAAAGUGAAUUGUCUGGAUUACAACAAAUAAACAAAAUCAAAAAUAAUAUAAACCACUGUUAUUUUGUACAUAUUUCUGUUUUUUUUUUCCCCCAAUUAUUUACAAAGCAAAUACAAAAAUGACUUCCUCAAUGCACAAACUAUAUAAUUAGUAUAUUUACUAAUACUUUUUUAUAGAUAAAAUUUAGAACAAGAAACCGCCAUAAAGUUAAUGAUUAGAGGAGGGAUGAAAUUAUGAAAUCGUGAAAUUGUAUGUUUUCCUACGUUUUUCUCACUUGAGUGCUUUUAUUUAAAAAAAAUGGCGUCGAAAAUCAAAAAAUGACUUGUCUAAAGUACAAUCUAAACAACUUGAUCUUUCAGAAAAGGUGAAAAAUCGGAGCAAGUUUACUAGAAAAAAAUGUGUCCAUAGACUAGAACAAAGAAAUAAAAAAUAAACAGCAUUGUAAAACCAAUAGCUCCCUUGCUACGCUCGGAAUCUAAAACACACAUUAAAGUAAACCCAAUAUUCCUCACGGUGUUUAAAAUUGAAAAAUUAAUUUAACAUUAAAAUCCGUGCCUACUAAAAUCCGCCGAGUAUUUUUCAAGAUAUGCGUGUUGGUACAUACAAAAAAUGGAUCUCUAUUUUGUAAUAUAUGUAUAGAUUAUUUCAACAUGAAUACAAUGUUAUUUUAUACGGCCAAAUGAAAUUCAGGUGUGUGUACAAGGGAGGGGCGGUUCAGAGUUUCCCCCCGAAAUUCCAUGAAAAUUAUGAUUAAGUAUAUUUUAAUAAAGUCUAAAAAGUGGUAUCUGUCAAUGAGGAAGAUAAAUUCAAUUUUUGCAUAUAUUGUUAUUACAUUGUCAUGUGCAUUUCUAAUUUGUUGUGGUUUUCUUGCUUUUAGAAAAUUAUAAUUGCUACGGCAAUAUUGCAUAGUUUACAUUAUCAUCACUAAUAAUAUGAAUCACGUUAUCAUUUAGGCUGUAUUUACUAAAAAUAUAUUAAAUAUAAAAUUUAGUAAUAGGUACUUACCUAAAACGCUAAAACUGAAUGUCAUAAAAUAUUGACAUUUUUUAAUGAAAAAUAAAUAAUCCUACAAUUGAAAGUAUCUAUGUAAACUUCUUUGUUAUAAGAGUAUAAAAGUGUACAACCUUAAGAACCCCCCCCUCCUCAAUAUUUUUUUGUAAACGCAAAUGAAAUCAAUACAUUUGGAUUUUUUCAAGACAAUAUUAAAUUUAAAAUGUAUCUGUAGAAAUAAUUCUAAAAUUUAUCGAUAGGUAUAUUUUCCUAUGAUAACUGAAGGUGCCUACCAAAUUCUGAUAAAAUAAAAGUUUUUAUUUAUUUUUUAUAAAAUAUUAAACAAAGUAAAUUAAAAUAUGAUUGUCAAUAUGGCAAUAUUAUUGUAUUUCUAUACCUACAUACUUACAUAGAUAUUUAAGUUGAAACCAUGAACAUAACAAUAUAAUAGUUGAAACUAUGCAUGGGUAAACGAAUAGGUAGGUACAACAUUUUUGUGUUUGUGGUUUGUAGAGCCUGGGAAACAUAUGGUGACCCUCGUCCAAUGGUCAUUGUCCAGUGUUUUUUAUAUCAGACUAUCAAUUUUAUUUUAUUCUUUAAAUUGUCACAUAUUUCCGUAAAAUAAUAAUCAUACUACUAAUAUUAUAAUAGUUGUUAAUUGCAAAUAUGCGUCAAUAUAUCAAUACAAAUUACAACUUUUAACUAGUGAUUUUAGCGUGAUCUCAAGAUAUUAGGUUAAACCGAUAUUGGAAAAUGGAAACACCACUAACAGUGAGUUAUUAUUUGAAAAUAAUUAUUGUUUUUACUGAAUUUUUAACUAUUUGAAUUUGAAUCCGUUUUUAAAUACUACCUAUUUUCUAAAAUAGAAUUUUGUUUAUAAAUAAUAAUAUUCAUAUCUUGCUUGGAACUCUUACAUUUGAUUAGGUAUUAUAGGCAAAUUCAGAUAAAUUGAAGUGUAGUAACCAUAACUUAAAAAGAUCUUUAUAGGUCUAUGAUAGAAAUUUACUAGGUACCUAAUUAAAGUAAAAUGUUUAUUAUUGCUAUAAUUGAGUUUUAAAAUUAUUAAGAACUAUAUAAUUUUAUUUUAAGUAUAACUAGUAUACCUAGUUAAACUAUAUAUACCUUUACCUAAUAUGUAUAUGUAUAUAUGUGUAUUGUACCUAUAAAAAGUUAUGUAAAUGUAUAAUUUAUAAAAAUGAUAUAAUAUCUAUCUAAUAAGAGUAAUCUUUAUUUAAAAUAUAUUUUGAAACAAAUGUUCUAGGUACUUAUGUAAUUCAUAUACUAUUGUAAACAAACGAUAAACAGUUAAUGUAUAUCAUAUUUGAUUUCAACUAUUUACAAUUUUUUAAAAACUAGGUUUGUUACUCCUUAUGGGAUAGAUAAUUUAUUUCUUUAAAGUUAAAUUAUAUCUCAUAUUAUUUGUUGUAAUAUUGUUUGAAUGGAAUUUUAUUGGACACCAUUCUUGUAGAUUUAUUACUUAGGCAAUAAUAUCAUAUUGUUAAAAAACAAUGUUAAACUGAUAAACCACCUGGCCAUCUGAACACGUUGAGCAUAGGUUAUUCAACCAUACUGGCUAUUAAUGUUAUUCUGAUGUUUUCAGUCCUCAGACUUACAAUUUAUCCCAAAGUAUUACAUCUGGUGUUAGCUUUGUUAGUUUCAAGGCCUUUCUUAAAUCCCUUAAUUUGAAUUUGGUUAAACGUUUAGAGUUUAUUUUAUGUAGGUAUCUAAGUAAUAUUAGUUAUUAGGUACUCAUAUAAAAGCUAUAACUAUAUAUGGCUACAUAAACCUAAUCAUAAUAUUUUUGAAUGAACAUUUUCAUGAUAAGAAUACUUUCCAAUUUUCAAUCUUACAAGAGAUGUAAAAAUGUAAUCUAUCUUUAUUACACUUAUAGUAAUUUAGUCAUGCCAUCAAGGCUAUAAAAUUAAUAGUUUUCAAAUUUAUUUAACUUGUGUUAUUUAUUCAAAUAAUAAGUAGUAAGCCUAAAGUAUGGAUGCUCAAAGUAUUAAAUAAACCAAAUGCAUAAUGGUAAACAAAUUUCAUUUGGUUUUAUAAAUUAAUUGAAUAAAAUUAAAAUUGACAAAAAACAACUUUAAACCAUUGAUAAGCACCUACUAAAAAAACAACAAAUAGAUUAGGUACCUAUAUAAAAUACUAGAUUAAAUAGGAUAUUAAAGUUAUUAUAAAAACAAAUUGUAACUAAUUUGUUAUUUAAAUUGUUAUCAAAAAUUAAAAUUGAAUUGUUGUUUUUUAAAAUCAAUUUAAUGAAACUAAAUAUUUAUUUGAUCAUACACGUGGUUUUUUUUUUUAAAUUUUGGCAUUUAGCCCAGAAAAAAUUUGCCAUGGUUUGUCAUUUCUGACAUAUAGUACCUACCAUUGAAAUAGUGAGAAAAUGAUUUAACUGCAUUGUAUUUUAUAUUUAUUAAUUAUAUUAGCUUAUUAUUAACAAAAUAAAUAGUGUGCAAUUUUGAUAUAUGUGCCUGUUAAUUCAAUAUCUAAGUAAUUAACAUUAAAAUAGUUAAUGUUACAAUAUGAUAAAUAAAAUCACUAAAUUUAAGUUUGAAAUAUUUACAUUUAUGUAUUAGCUUUUUUAACCAUUAGUUUAUAUCUAUUGGUUGAUUAGUUAUGUAUUAAAACCACUGAAAACCAUAUUUAUCUAUUUAAAUAUAAGACAAGGUCAUUUUAUAGAUACCUAUAAGGUACAAUUAAACAAUUAAACAAUUUUAUAAUAAUACUUUUUUUUCAAAAUUAAUAUUAAUUAAAACUUAUGAAUUGUAUAAAGAAAGUAUAUAUAGGUAAGUGUAUUUAAGACUUUAAUGCAAAAUACAUACAUAGGGCCCCCACAUUUGUUAUCUUUCCAAAGAAAUAAACAAUAAUAUAAUAAUAUAUUUACGGUUUAGUAUAGAAUUUAUAAUUAUUUAAUUCUAAUUUAGAAUCAAGAUCCAUUACUAAGAUUACGGAUAGUUGCUGGUCAUUCACUCGCAAAAAAAGAUAUUUUUGGCGCAAGGUAGAUAUUUACCUCUUUUAUAUUUUGUUUAAUUUAAUAAUAUUUUAUUUUAAUUUAUAAUUCUUUUAUAGCGAUCCUUAUGUAAGAAUUGACUUAAAUACUAUUGUUGGAAAUGUUGCAAUAGAUUCUGUUUUAACUAAAACUAAAAAAAAGGUAAAUAUAGUAUUUAUUUUUAUAUUGAUUGCAUAAUAUUUUUUUCUUAAAUAUAACUGUUAAAACUAAUUUCCGGUUGUGUAUACUAUGUUUAUUAAAAGUACAUUUAAAAAAGUUCUAAUCUAAUUAAUAAUGCUACUAUGAUUUAAUGAAAGUAAUUAUCUGAAAAAUACAUGAUUGUUUGCAAAAUAACUAAUUAUAAUUUUGUGUAACACUAUCUUGUGUAUUAAAUUUUUCAUUACAUAAUACAAUUAAAUUUGGUAUUCAUGGACUCUUUCUAGAAUUUUCAAUUCUCAAUGUGACUUCUUAAUUGGAAAAUAUUUCCGAUCAAAUAUUUGUUGAAAUAUACAUACAUGGGAAUUGGUAACUAGUUCUUUUAGUAAAUGCAUUUUUUAUCACAUUUAUAAAAUUAUAAACGUAUGCCUUAUGUAUUAAAGUAACUUUAAGAUGCAUAAUUCUAUUUAAAAAUUAAUGAACAUAAUUUGUUAAUAGCUUUUAUUCGAAUGUAAUAAUAAUUGCUUUUAGAUAACAAAGUGCUUAAUAAAAUUGAUUUAUUUUUUUUAAUUUUAUAAGAUAUUUAUAAUUACUAUUUAUUGUUUUGUUUUUAACUGAAUGUCAUGAUUUAGAAUUACAAAAAUAGUAUAAAUUGUUUUAUGAGAUUUUAAGUGUUUAUAUUGUUUAUUGAUUUGUUGUUUAAACAUUAUAAAAGGAUUGAAAAAUAACAUUUUUACUUGUAAUUUUUUCCAAUUAACCAGUGAUAUGAAUUCAGAAAACAAUUUGUUUAUGAGAAAAGUUACUCGUAGUCAUCAGCUCCCCAAAAAGUUUUUGAUUUUCUAAAAUUGAGUGCGGAAUUUUACAUUUUAAGCUUAUUAAUUAUUUUAUGUAUACAUUAGAGGGGUGAAAUCGAAACAUAAGACAAUAGGUUAAUAUAGGUUAAACUAUUUAACAAUAUUUUUAAAUUUAUUUUGCUAGUUUAUUUCAUUGUUUUAUUUUACAAUUUAGAAGUAUUACAUUUGUAAAACUAAAUUUUUUUUAAUUUUCAGACUUUAAAUCCAGUUUGGAAUGAAGAGUUUGUUUUUCGGGUAAGAUUUUUGAACUUAAGUUUUAUUAAAUUUAAACUAGCUUUGUUGAUUGACUUUAUAAGAUAAUUAAUAAAGAUUUUUGACUAUUAAAAAAUGAAUUUAUAAUAUUUGUAUUAGUUUUAUUUAAAAUAUGUACUUAAUAAUCAUAAAUUAUAUUGCAAAACUUUAAAAAUAAAGAUUUAAUAUAUAUUCACUUGAAUAAAUUGUUUUAAUUAGAUGAUGAAUAAUACUGAAAUUAAUUUUGACUCUACGUAAUUUUUUCUAAUUCAAGAUUAAAAGAAGUACUUACUUUAUAUUUAAAAAUUAUGCAAAUUUAAUAAAUAUAAAAAAGUGAAACGAACAAGAAAUAUGUAUACAAAUACUACUUGUUGCAUAUUUAUCUUGUACUUUAUUUUAAACAUCAAACGAAAUAUAAAUUAUUGCCAAAAACGAAUUGAAAAUUUGUAUCGUUAGGUGAUUAUUGAAAUAUUUAAAUAUUACAAAAUGUGGAAAAUUGAAACCUAGUCUCUUAAACAAAGUGAUUCAAAAUUAUUGGAAUUAAUGUUAUUGAAUAAAAUAUACAUUUAUGUUUAGAAUAACAAUAGCAUAAAAUGUAUUAUUAUAAAUUAAAAUAUAUAUAAUAGCAUAAUAUAUUAUUAAUAUUCAUGAUCAAAAUAUUACCUCUGCAUACAUUUUUUGGCAUCAAUGUUGACGAAUAUGUUAUUUUAUUUGUAGGUUCGUCCUCAUGAACAUAAAUUAGUCUUGCAAGUGUUUGAUGAAAAUCGUCUAACAAGAGACGAUUUUCUUGGGAUGGUUGAGGUACCAUUACAUAAUGUUCCCAAAGAAAUAAUUGGCAGAAAUAUAGGCAGUGUAAAAUAUGUACUGAAACCCAGAAGGUUUGAAUUAUUUGAAAUUUAUUAUGAAUAUCAUAAUUAUAUUUUAAAUUUAAAUUUAAAAUUGAAAUAUUAAUUAAAAUAAUUUAGUGCAAGAUCAAGAGUAAAGGGCUACCUUGAAUUGUAUCUUGCUUUUGUUCUGGAACAAGAACCAGGAACUUCUGGUCGUCUAUCUGCAGAUGGUGAAUGGGAAAUGAUUGAAAAUGCUGAAGUUUUAAAUAUAUCUCACACGCCUUCAGUAAGAAAUUAUUGAUUACAGUAGAAUUGUUAAAUGUUUAGAAUUUAAUUAUUUUCCUGUAGUCCUAUGUUCCAAAUGCAAUUGAACCACAAGGAGCUUUGCCUUCUGGCUGGGAAGAACGACAAGAUGCCAAUGGAAGAACUUAUUAUGUAAAUCAUUUAGCAAGGUCUACUCAAUGGGAAAGACCAACAGUAACGUGAGUUUAAAAUUAUCAAUAGUUUAAUAACUUUGUAUGCAUUAAUAAGUGUUUUUUCAGAGUUAAAAUUAAUUUGUCAUUUAAAAUGUAAAUAGAAUUAAAAUCUAAAAUAAAUGUUUAAUUUUAUAAAUACAAGCUUAUUAUUAAAAAAAAUAUAUUUAUAAAUUCAAAUGAUAUGUAUAUAAUAUAAUAUUUUAUUUAUUUAGUGAUCAAACUGAUGUGAAUACCAUUCAAAAUUUGGCAUUAGCCGCUACAGAAUUUGAAAGAAGAUAUCAUAUCAGUGUAGAUACUCCAGAAACUGAUAAAGGUGAUCCUUCUAGGAAAAAGGUAAAAAAAUAUUAAUAUCAUAGACUUAUUUUAACAUACUAUGUUAACAGGUCUAUGAUUAAUAUUGAUAUUUAUUUUUAUUAAUAAUUAAUUAGCAUGUUUUCUAAAAAUUCACUCUUGUAUUUAUUGAUUGUAAAUACAAUAAAAAACAAUAAUUUAAUAAAAUACAAAUAUAUAAUAAAACUUGUAUGAUUUUUAUCUGUAUGAUAAUAAAGAUUACGAAUAAUUUAGGUCUAAUGUAUUUAACGUAUCAAGUUUUGUUGAAAAAUAACCUUUAAAUAUGUAGAUAUUUAUACAUUUGUUAGUUAAACAGUUAAAAUUUGGUUAUUAAUUUAUGCCCCUAUGUACAACUUAAAAUGAACCUCUUGUUUAAUUUUCAAGCAUUUCUGUUCAGACUAACAAUUUUAUCCACAGACUACCUACCAGAUAAAUAUUACAGUAAAACUUCUCAAAAUUAAAAUGUGUAUUAAAAGCUCAAAAAUGGCUGAAAUAUUUUGAAAAUUUUACCACAUUUAGAAAAGGAAAAUAUAAUGUUUCUGUCCAAACUUCAAGUCUACAAAUAUGUUUAACUGAAUAACAACAAAAUAACAAAAUUGAAAAUAUUUUAGUAAAUUUUCCAAUAUUUCUUACGUUUUUUUCCAGUUUUUCCAAUUAUUUUGAAAAUUGAUAGGAAAAAUGACAUAUCUGAGGUAGUACUUACCUCAGGAAAAAUUUUAAUAAAAUUUUUGUAUUCAGCAUAAAAAAAAACCAUUAUAAAACCAAUACAUUUAAAUCAAAUUAAGUUGGUUAGCUUCCAUAUGUUUUAUAGUGUACCUUAUUAUUAUUAUUAUUUUUUUUUUAUAUUUAAAUUUUGCCAAAAAAAUAUUUAUACAAUCAUUAAUACUAAUUAACAUUAAACAUGAUAAAAUAAUUUGAGGGUGGAAAAAAUCGGCCAUUGUUCUGAGAAGCCAUCUUCUUCCUCUUAAUCCCAACUAUUUGGUGGUCAGUCACCCUUGUCUUCUACUUGACCCAAUCCAUCACAUUGUCUUCACAUACCCGGGAUCCCCAUAUUAUUCUCAAAUUAUGUAGAUCACAUUUAGGCAGUUUUUACUAUAGCUUUACAUUUUGAUGAUACAUGCACAUUAAUUGGGAGGGAUCAGAAUCUUGAGAAAUCAUAUAUAUUUCAAAGGUAUUAUUAAUUUUUCAGUCAUUUAUUUUUUUUACUGUGUACUCAAAAUGCAUGCUAUUAUAUGUUGCCAAUGUAUAUAUUGCAUGUUAAAAGGCUGUUCAAAGUGAUGCAGAUGAUGAAAGUGACGAAGGAUAUGAAGAGUCAGAUCCACUUACUAACAUUGAUCGAAGGCUUUCCAGUGUAUCUGUAACAGCUGAUCACCUGAAUCAGGUAUGAUUCGUUUUUGGAUUGUUUCCAGUGAUUCAACCUGGGGGAGGGAGUUAAACAUUAAUGAUUUAAUUUAACAGAAAUCUUUAUUUAUCUAUAUUUAUCUAUAUAUCUUAGCAUCUUAAAACAAUAAAUAAAUAUUUUUACAACUAAAAUACUUUGAAAAGGGUAAACGGUUUGAUGUUUUAUUUACUAUUUUGUAACCUACUCACAUUUUUUUCACUAACAUUUUUCCUUGUGCCACGGGUUAUUGCUUAAUUAGUUGAACAAUAGUUAUUUGAUUUUAUUUAAAUUAUACUUUACAGUCAUUUAUAUAGUUGAUUUAAUUUUUAGUGAUAAAUUGUUUUCAUUAAUAAUAAAUUGUAUUUUUAAAUUUGUUUAAGGGUGAUCAGGUAGAUUCCAAUAAUGAACAAAGUAGUACUACUGCUGUUCAAGGUAACAUUCUUGAAGGAUCUGAAGGUUUACCAAAAGGGUGGUCAAUGCAAGUUGCCCCUAAUGGUCGAACCUUUUUUAUUGAUCAUAAUACUAGAGCCACUACUUGGGUAGAUCCUAGAACAGGUAGGGCAAGUUCAAUGCCUAAUCAAAGUCAACCACCUGCAGCAGAUCGUAUAGUAUCUACAUCUGCUUACAAUGAUGAAUUGGAACCUUUACCCGAGGGGUGGGAAGAAAGAGUUCAUGCAGAUGGAAGAAUAUUUUUCAUUGAUCAUAGUAAGUAAAUACAUUUUUACAAAUUUAGUAUUAUUAAAAACAUUAAAUAAUAAUAAAUUAACAUAAAUAAUAGAAAAAAUAAAAUGUAUAUUAAUUGUUUUUUUUAUAUAUAUAUAUAUAAUAUAUAGAUACAAGGACAACUCAAUGGGAAGAUCCAAGGUUAAACAAUCCUAAUAUUGCGGGUCCUGUAAGUUGAUUAUUUUCUACACAAUUUUAACUGUAGUUCAUAAGACUAAUAAUAUAAAAUAAACAUAUUUUUUUUAUUUAAAGGCUCUGCCUUAUUCACGUGAUUACAAAAGAAAGUAUGAGUCUCUCAAAACAAGAUUGAGUAAAAUGGUAAAUAAAACUUGAUUUUUUUGAUCGUUUUAUAAAAAAAUUAAAAUAUUAUUUUUAUUAGGCUCAUGGACCACCAGCUAAAAUGGAGAUUAAAGUACGACGAUCUAAUAUUCUUGAAGAUUCUUUCCGUAUUAUUAAUUCAAUGCAUCCAGACAAAUUAAGAGCAAAACUGUGGGUUGAAUUUGAACAAGAGGUAGGCCUUGAUUAUGGUGGUCUAGCAAGAGAAUGGUUUUUCUUGUUGUCUAAAGAAAUGUUCAAUCCAUAUUAUGGCCUUUUUGAAUAUUCUGCUAUGGACAAUUACACACUACAAAUUAAUGCAAUGUCAGGAUUAUGUAAUGAAGAACAUCUUCACUAUUUUAAAUUUAUUGGAACUGUUGCUGGAAUGGCUGUUUAUCAUGGAAAACUUUUAGAUGGUAAUUAUUACAUGCAUUUUUAAGUGUUUGAUAAAUUAGUAGUGUAUUAUAUGGGUGUUUCAUAAAGAUAUCUUGGAAAGUAAAAAUUGUUUUCAGUAUUUUUUAUUGACAAUUUGAAAACAAGUAGCUCUAAAAUGUUACAUUUCUUUAAAAACAAAUCUCACCCUUUUUUGGAAUUGUAACUACUACAUACUUUUGAUUUUCAAAUGACAAUUAUAUUAAACAUUUCUGAAAUAGAUAAUUUUGAAUUAAAUACAUUUUACUGUUGAAAUUUUCAAUUUCCAACCAUUUUUAGAGAUACCACAAUGGGUAUACCUCCUUGUGACACCUUGUAUAUAUAUGUACAAUAUAAUAAAUAGUAUAAUAUUUUAUUAAUAUAAUUAAUUUGUGUAGCAUUCUUCAUCCGUCCGUUUUAUAAAAUGAUGUUGGAAAAAUCAAUUGAGUUAAAAGAUAUGGAAAGUGUUGACUCAGAAUAUUAUAAUUCACUUUUAUGGAUAAAAGAAAAUGAUCCUUCCGAACUAGAUUUGACAUUUUCUCUUGAUGAGGAUAUUCUGGGACAUACUUCACAUAGAGAAUUGAAACCAGAUGGUGCAAAUAUUCACUUAACUCAAGAAAACAAAGAUGAAUACAUCAGGUUAGUUAGUUUAAAUAGAUUAUUUCUUUGAUUAAAAAAAAUAUUUUUCACAAUUUGUUCCAUUUAGUUUAGUGAUUCAAUGGAGAUUUGUAUCCCGUAUACAAGAACAAAUGAAUGCUUUCCUACAGGGUUUUGGUUCCAUAGUGCCUUUAAGUUAUAUUAAAAUAUUUGAUGAAAAUGAAAUGGAACUUUUAAUGUGUGGUAUUCAGAAUAUUGACGUUAAAGACUGGAAAGAAAAUACUCAUUAUAAAGGGGAUUACUCACCCAAUAAUAUUGUCAUUCAAUGGUUUUGGAGGGUAUGUACAUUUUAUAAUAAUAUUACUAUUAUCACUUAGGCCGUGUAAGACACAGAGCUAUUCAUUAGAAACUAAUUAUUGACGCAAAUUACUAAUUAGCAAGCUUUGAAUCAUAAUGUAUGUUAUUCAAUGGAACACAACAGAUAGUGCUACUGGUAUUAAUCAGUUAUUAACGCGUUAGUGAUCAGUUCCAAGUGAUCCAACUGUCGAGUCACUUCCGAAUUGCGUCAUGUACUCUCGUAAAAUUAUGUGUAUUUUUAAAAUCUUAUUUUUUCUGAUUUUCUUCUAUUAAGAAAAAUAAAAAGAUGAACCAAUAAAUAACUAACAUAAAGUUAGUAGAAGUAGAGAAACAUUCCAUUCUAUAUAAAUUUACUAAAAAUGUAUUUCGAUAUAUAGAUGAACCUUUCUUCUUCUAUUUAUUUAGUUAUGGUAAUAGUAAUAUGCAGUUAACAUUUCUUCAUCACUAGAAUCAUCCAUGGUGUUGAAAAAUACUGAUGCAGGUCUUACUUCAUAACCAAACAGUCAAUAGAAUAAACUAUCGAUAACUAAUUUAAAUCAUGAACAAGUUUCUUUUGAGUAGCUCCAUGUGUAGAGGACUUUAAGAGAAUGUUAUACCUGCAUGUACUUUCUCAGUCCAACUAAUGGACAAUGUAGUAUGAUUUACUUUAUGCAGACUGUGUAAAAGUCUCUUAGUUUUGGUUUAAAUAUUAAUAUUUAUUAAUUAUUGGAUUAUAUAUGAGUAAAUUUUUUUUCGUAUCUCGUCAAUAUGGCACCCAUUGCCAAUAGCUUUUUUGACCAAUUUAUAAAGACUCACGAAAUAUGUUAUGAUACUAGAUAGUUAUGAAUCAAUGGUCUUAAAUAUUCAAAAUAUACUUGGAAAUUGUACACGUAGACUGGAUAACAUUGUAAUGUUCAUGGUCACAAAUUUUUUUUUUUUGUCAAUAAAUAAUAACAAAAUAAUAUUAUUUUAUCAGUAUUAUAAUAUUUAAUAUUUUUGUUGUAGGGAGUUUUGUCAUUCAACAACGAGAUGAGAUCAAGACUUUUGCAGUUUGUAACAGGUACAUCCAGAGUUCCAAUGAAUGGUUUUAAGGAGUUAUAUGGAAGUAAUGGGCCACAAUUAUUUACAAUUGAACGAUGGGGUACUAUAGAAAAUUAUCCUAGGGCUCAUACCUGGUAAUAAUUUGUAUAGUUUGACUGUCAAUUGAAUACUACAAUGAUUAAUUAUAUUUUUUAUUUUUGUAUAGUUUUAACAGGUUAGACCUUCCACCUUAUGAAAGCUACCAGGAAUUGAGAAACAAAUUAAUUAAAGCAAUUGAAGGCUCUCAAGGUUUCGCUGGAGUGGAUUGA